AAAAAAUAGAGAAAAAUUUACUCUCAAUCUCACAAAAAUGGAUCCACCUCAACUUGGUAGGGGCAAGUGAGCAGUGACUGUUUUAUAAGAUAUUAUAAAUUAUUUGGUAAGUUUUUUCGCAAAAAAAAAUUAUGUUCUAGUUGUAAUUACACAAAUACCCUCUAAGUAUGUUACACUAACAUACUUCAAAGAAUGCAUUUGUAAUUUUGCAAUGUGAACAAAAAAUGUUGGUCUCAAAAUAAUUUAAGAUUUUCUGGUCUCGGUUCCAAGAACUUGCAAAAAAAAUAUUAGUACGCCAACGCUUAAAUUAGUAUUUGGAUGGGCAAAUAUGAAUACAAAUAAAGCAAUAAUAGAGUGAGAGUUUUUGGACCUGCACAGUUUUCUUCUUAAUUUUGGGCUACUCGGGUCUUUUUUGGACGGGUCGAAUUAUAGGGGUACCAAAUAAAAAUAUUUUGUGAUUAAAUAUAAUUUUAAAGGGUGUCCAUGUAAUUAAAUAAAAAAAUUGCAUUAUGUUGGAUUAAAAUACAUAUAAUGAUCUCUUGAAAUGGACCGACGACAUUAUCAUACAUAUAGUUUAACAAUUAUGUCUAAAUUGGGCUGCUACUUACAUGAAUAGCUUAUAAUCUCUCUGUAAAUUACACCAAUGAUGAACUCAACAUCUUGCAACUCACAUAACCUCCAACCACCUAUCAGAUACUAAAGCACACAACACCGAUUCGUUACAUCAAAAUAUGAUGAUAUUAUAGUGUGAAGUGAUGAUAAUAUUUGCGUGUUUAAGUCACAGAAUUAGUAGAGCUGUCAACAUUAGGCUAGUCCAUAUACUCAAUCAUGGAGGAAUUUUUUUUAUGUCUGCAGCCAAACAACAUCAGCAAACAGAAUAAAAUUCUAGCAUAAAGUCGCCCAUAUACUAUUCUAAUCUGUAUCAUUUUCAACUUCAAACAACACUGUCCUAAUUCCCAUUUGGACUUGGUUGUUUUAAGGAUUACUUGUCGGACUUGGUGAUUGAAUUGUAUAAUCUCUUAACAUCCUCGUAUGCUAUUCGUGUACUAUGACACAAUGUUUAAACUAGUAAAAGCUGAUCAAGAAGGAGAUAAUGCUACUACCAAACAUUAUUCUUCCUUAAAGACUAUUCUGAAACCUGGGCUCUUUCCUUAAUGUGAGUUCUCCGUCUGAUGCCGGAUAUGGCAGCGUCCAGUGCUCGUUUCAUCUCUUUUAGCACGUCUUUUGCUCGUCGGGUGCUGACAGAUUCAUGCAGAGGCUUAUUUUUUCUGUCUGUUUUCCUAUCUUUCACAAGCUCAAUUUUCCUGUCUCUCUACAUAGCUUAUACUUCAAAACUGCACAUUCAUCCUGGCAUAACCCAAGUCUAUGUAAAUCCACUUCUUGAGUACUCAAGAAUCAAUACUCAGACCACUGUAAGUGUUGCAAGCCAACAAAACCUUAACACUCCAUCUGUUGUUUCUCAAGGACCAACAGAGGUUUUGGGAAACAGAAGUAACAUAAGCAUUGGCGUUGAAGAACCUGCAAAUGUAGGUGAAAUCCCUUCACCACCAAGUGUCAGCAGGGGUGAUCUUGACAGACGGUUGCCUGAAAGCAUAGUCGAAGUGAGCUCAACGGGUGGCAAUGACAAAUACGACAAUGUUUUCCACGACAGAGAUCUCUUCAUGGAAGAGUACAAGGAAAUGAAGAGAAGCCUGAAAAUAUAUGCAUAUCCCCACAAGAAAAACGACCCCUUUGCUAACGUGCUGCUGCCGGUGGAGUCUGAACCAGGGGGCAACUAUGCUAGUGAGAGCUAUUUCAAGAAAGCACUAUUCAGAAGCCGUUUCCUCACAGACAACCCCUCGGAAGCAGACCUUUUCUACCUGCCCUUUUCGAUUGCUGGUUUGAGGCACGACAAGAGGGUAGGGGUUGGUGGGAUUCAAAAUUUCAUCAGAAAUUAUAUUAGAAACAUUAGCCUUAGCUACCCAUAUUGGAAUAGAAGCGGUGGAGCCGAUCAUUUCUAUGUUGCUUGCCAUUCAGUGGGAAGGUCAGCAAUGGAGAAAGCAGUAGAAGUUAAACUAAAUGCCAUUCAAGUUGUUUGUUCGUCAAGCUAUUUCUUGGCUGGUUAUGUUUCUCAUAAGGACGCAUCGAUACCUCAGAUUUGGCCUAGAAAAGGGAAGCCUCCAACUCGUUUGCCAUCAGAAAGGGAAAACCUCGCUUUCUAUGCAGGAGCAAUGAACUCUCGUGUUCGUGAGUUUUUGGUGAAAGUUUGGGAGAAUGACAGUGAGAUCUCAGUCCACCAUUCUCGUCUCAAAACACCGUAUUCAGAAGCCCUAUUGGGAAGCAAGUAUUGCAUUCAUGCCAAAGGGUUUGAGGUAAACACGGCACGCAUAGCAGAUGCUUUGUACUAUGGUUGUGUGCCUGUUGUUUUAGCUGAUCACUAUGAUCUCCCUUACGCUGACAUCUUGAACUGGAACAGCUUCUCCGUAGUUGUUUCAACAAUGGAUAUCCCAUUGCUGAAGAAAAUACUACAAGAAAUAAGCUACAAUGAGUACUUGAGGUUACAGAGCAAUGUAAUGAGAGUGCAGCAACAUUUUCAGUGGCAUCAUUUGCCUGUUGAUUUUGAUGCUUUUCACAUGGUUAUGUAUGAGUUAUGGCUUCGAAGAAGUCAUGCAAGAAUAGUUCUUCAAUACUGAUUCUUGUUAGAAUUUUCAAUUGGGUUAGUUUAUAAUUAUUCAAAAAAUAAGGAUAGUUUGCACAA